AUGCAGGAAUCAGUUGUAUAUGGGGAACAAAAGAUCAUGGAUAUAAAUGAAGAAAAAGAGCAGAAUGAAUAUAAAAUAGGAAAGGAAUUUGCUUCAGAUUUUGCACUAUGGAAGGGCGCUAAAGAAAAUGAGCCUUAUUGGGAAGCACCUUGGGGUAAGACACCAGGCUGGCACAUAGAAUGUUCAACUAUGGCUACAUUAUUUGGCCGUGUUGUAGACAUACAUGCUGGAGGAAUUGAUCUAAUCCCCCACCAUGAAAAUGAAGAAGCCCAAGUUUGUGCAUAUCAUGACUGCGAUCAAUGGGAUUAUUGGAUUCAUACAGGCCAUUUGCAAAUGAAAGAUUCUGGCAAAAUGUCUAAAUCAUUAAAAAAUACUAUUAGUAUAUCAGAAUUUUUGAAGAAAUAUUCUCCAGAUGUUUUAGAACUGCUUGUUUUAUUAUCACAUUAUCGAAGUCAUAUGAUGGUAUACUCUGAAUCAUUCAUGGAUCAUGCUAGUGCAAUAUAUAAAAAAAUUCAUACAUUUUUAACAGAUUGUACUGCUUAUCACAAUGGAUAA